AUGGACGUCUCCAUCGAAUCAACCCCUGCUGCUGCAGUGACCCCCUCUGUGGGCAGCCAGUGCUUCCAACCAGCACCACCUUCACCCACGAAUUCCCGCAAACGAGCAUUCAGCGAAGUAGACGAACCAAAUGUACUGAAGCAGCAGGAAAUGCAUAAAUACCAAAAGAAACACGACGGCGCCGAUGAUCAGGAGAAUAGGAAUCCGUUGCAGCAGGGUGACCAGAUGGUGAUCGAUAAACCUGUCACUACUACUACCGCCACCACCACUAUUAGCACUAUAUCGGCAACCUCGAAUUCUAGUAACGCCCAAAAUCCUCAAACGGGAACGGCUGCUCCUGCUCUACAGGGGCAUGUCUUUAUCAACUCUACCUCGCCGCUACCUGUUCCUCCUUCGACCCCUCAACAAUCUUCCGACACUACUGCUGCGGCCAAGAAGCAGAAGCUCUCUCCAAAUACCAAAGAGGCUAAAAGGUUAGAAAAAGAAGAGAAAGACCGUCUCAGGCUAGAAGAAAAGGCCAAGAAAGACGAAGAGAAACGAAUCAAGGACGAGGAAAGAAAGAAGAAAGAAGUCGAAAGGGACGAAGAGAAGAAGAAGCGCGACGCAGAGCGUGAAGAGGAACGCAAACGGAGAGAGGAAAAGAAAAAAGCAAAAGAAGAGGAAAAGCUUGCCAGAGACGAAGAGAAGCGGAAAAGGGAGGAAGAAAAAGUGAAAAAAGAACGGUCCCAAAUGAGACUGAGCUCUUUCUUUGCUAAACCCGCUACCGACUCUAAUAAACCGCCUAGUGUGGGUGGUUCCUCACCUCGAAAGGACACGACUCGAGACUUGGACAGCUCGAUUAUCACCACGACGAGCACAGAAGAGCCCCGGUCAGAUUACCGCAAUGCGUUCCCAGAUUUCUUCAUUCAGAGGCACACUCAGCUUGCACCACCGCACCGAUUUCAGCGCGAUGACAAGGCGACAGAGCAUAUUCGCGAGAAGCUCGAUGGUUUUCUAAAAGAGACGGGUCCACACCCACUAUAUCGCCCGUCCGAGUUGUUUGACAUGAUUCCUUUUCGUCGCCAUCGUGGCAGAAAUAUUAGACCCGUGAGGAAACUCAUGAAAGAUGUGCAGAGCGCCACCGCCCAAGAUCUUUUAAGAAAGACUACUAUGAAAAGCCUCAAAUUUGCCGAAGAUGUACGCCCAGCGUACUACGGAACUUUCACAAGAGCCCUCUCAAGUGUGCAAGCUGGGAAGCUUUGUCGCCGCCCUUACGCUCGAGCCCUCCCUGACAUCAAUUACGACUACGAUUCGGAAGCAGAGUGGGAAGAGCCAGAAGAAGGCGAAGACUUGAACUCCGAGGGCGAUGAGGAAAUGAGCGAAGACGGCGAUGACGAUAUGGAUGGGUUUCUCGACGACGAAGAUGAGCAAAUAGACGGUAGAAGGCGUCUAGUUAUUGGUGACCUGGAGCCUGUCAUUACGGGCAUCAAAUGGCAAGACGAAAGCAAUACAGAUCCUGCUCUGGAAGCGUAUCGCAUUGAGAUGAUAUCUGAUACUGUUCAGUUCCCCAUUGACCCGUUUUCUACUGCCUAUUGGCCAAAACCAAAAGCCGUGGAGCAAGCUGCUUCGAAAGGGCAUGCGUCGACCUCUACCAAAGGCACCCUUCUUGCCUUUUCUACAAAGCCUAUUACUCAAGGUCAAGCGCCACCCGCACCAACAGCUCGCCCCGGAAUUAGUAUCGAAUCUGCAGGCCAAUCUAGGAAAGGAAAACCAUUUCCGCCGGAUCAGCUAGCGGCGUUUAAGGCAGCUGUCGAAGGGAGCGAUCUGACCAAGGCCGGGCUGAUUGAAGUCCUCAAGAAGCGCUUCCCAAAAAUCUCCAAAGACACUCUCAAGGACACCCUAAACGUGGUGGCUGUCCGCGUUGGGCAGAAGGAAGCAGACAAAAAAUGGGUGUGCAAUUGA